AUGGCAUCUUCUCUGGCCGACGCCCUUCGCUCCCAUACCUCGAAUGGCACCUACACACCAACCCGUGAACGCUUUGAUACCAUCGAAUCCGCCAUAGCCGCUUUCAAGGCCGGCGAGUUCAUAGUUGUCCUCGACGAUGAAUCCCGCGAAAACGAAGGCGAUCUAAUCAUUGCAGCCCAGGAUAUCACUGCGGCACAGAUGGCAUUCAUGAUCCGCUAUACUUCCGGGAUAAUAUGCACGCCCCUGACUGGAGAAAUUGCAGACAAGCUAGAGUUGCCGCAGAUGGUAAACGACAAUGAAGACCCCAAUCGGACAGCGUAUACCAUCAGCGUAGACGCUGUUGCCGAGCUCGGGGUCACAACGGGAAUCAGUGCCUCCGAUAGAAGCCUGACGUGUCGGACGCUAGCUGCAAAGCAGCCCGCGAAGGAUUCCCUGAGAAGGCCAGGCCAUGUCUUCCCGUUGCGAGCGCGUAAAGGCGGCGUGCUGGAAAGGACAGGCCACACUGAAGCCGCGGUUGACUUUUGUCGAUUGGCUGGCAAACGAGAGGUGGGCGUGAUAUGCGAGAUGGUAAUAGAUGGGGACGAGGUAGAGGGUGGGAAGGCUGAAAGGAAGGGGCACGGAAUGAUGCGAAGAGACGAAUGUCUGGAUUUUGGGCGGCGGUGGGGCCUACGGGUGGUCACUAUUGAGGACCUGGUGGCCUAUAGACUGAAGACGGAGGGCAAGGGAUUGGAAGGCCUGGAAAAUGGAGUGAACGGCCAUUCAGGUUGA